AUGCCUACACCACUUCCAUCCAGUUUCGCUUCGGCCGCCGCCGGUAACACCCAAGACCCCAGUCGGAGGGGGGAUGGUUCGACCAGCGGAGAAUGGUCUCGAACCCGCAUGAAUGGAGCUACGCAGACCUUCCGUCGUCCGUCCGUUGCUACCAACACCCCUGCCCACCGGGAUAGUAGCCUGCCUGCAUCUGCUUCGACACCUGUUGGCGGCGCCUACAUCCCCCCACACAUGAGCUCAAAUACUUCUAGCAUUGCACGGAAUGGGGACUCCCGGUACUCCAAGGAUGAACUUCUAGAGCUGUAUAAGUCACAGCGCGACGUGGGAAGUUUGAACAGGAACGUGGAGGAAUACUUCGUGGCCGACUGGGAUCCUCACACAGUUUCAGCUCCCGCAAACGGUGCGUGGGGGAAGCGGGAUGACCACAAGAAUGGCUCCGCGGGGCCCGAGGUGUGUUGGGACCACGCUGGCCAGGUGGAACCUCUUGGGUUGACGGACAUGACGGAGGACGAGCGAGAGAUGUUCGCCGCCUCGGUCAAUUCCCCUCUGAAGCCACCCCCUACCAACGCCGCAAAGGAAAACGUUCUUCCCGGAACAGGUGGUCGCAAAUCUUCCAUCUCCUACCCCCAGGGCCAUAUCAAUAACUACAAUACGUCCUCUCCUACCGCCGGGCGCCCUGGUCCCCGCCGCAGGGAAACGGGCGAAUCGGUUGGAAAUCCCAUGUCUCCCACCGGCUCGAAUUCUCGAUUCUUCCGCGACGAGGCCAACACUUCUACCCCUCCACCUGCGUUGCUGCGUCGCAAGACCGACUUCCGAGAACCGAAUCCUAAGCUCGACGAGAAAGUGAAGGAUGGACGGGAGGAUCCCUCCUCUCCCUUUGGUUCUCUGAAGCGAAGCACCACUAAUCCCCUGAAUACCGGCGUGAGUGGACCCAACUCCCCUUGGGGAUCGGCUUCGCAUAACGCCAACUUCUCGCCGAUGGGCGCGUUCGGGGCGUUUUCUCUCGGCUCCAACGCGAACACCCCGACGACUGAAAAGAAACCCGGUUAUGGAAGUCUUCGCGGAGAAAGCAGGUUCAAGGGAUUACUGUCCAAGGACAGCUCUGAGGACAUCGCUGGCUCUGCCAAGGAAAAGCCUCUGAGUAACCUCGAGCGGCUUGCUGAAAGCGAGCUCGAUGCACGCUCCCAGUCGCCUUGGGGAGAGGCCGUCAAGACGCGUAUCAACCGCAGCGAAACUAAUCCAUUCGAUGAGCCCCGCAGUGGAAGCGCUGCUCUUGGCGGGUCCCAGGAUCUCGAGGGCCCGUCUCAGGCUGAUCUCGGAUUUGGCGCUUUCGGCAUGACCUCCAGCAUUCCCGGUUUCCGUGAAUUGAUGCAAAGCCAGGAAAAUUCCAGGAACCCCACUCCUAGUCUGCUGCAGGGCCACGAACCGACCAGUCCGACCAACACCAACCCUUACCAGAGCCCCCACGGUGAUCGCCACGGCGAGCGGGCUGAGCCUGAGGAUGUUGACACUGAUGGAUCGGAUAUUCAGCAAGCCCAGCAUCCUGGUAUCAGUGGACUUCGGGAUCCCAACCCAUUCGGCUCGAUGAGACGCGUCGGUUCGGGAAUGGAUCUUCCUUCCGUGGACCGCAGCCAGAACUCUAGUGUCAAUGCUAACCGCGGUUUCUCUGGCCUUGGCGGCCUGGGUGGCUUGUCUUCUCUUGGGGGACCCUCCGCUUGGUCGUCUGGCGGUGCCGUCGGCACUCCUACCCGCGAGCGCUCUGCUUUCGCUGGUGGGUUCGGCGAUCCUCUCUUCGGCUCCAUGGGUGAUCUUCAAUCUCCAAGCUUGUCUACUCUUGGCGGAGGGGGACUCUUCAGCCCCCAUGCUGGCAUGACUGGCACUGGAAGUAUUGGCCGAUCAAGCAAACUGGGUGCACUCUUCUCUUCGAUGCAAGACGAACAGGGACGACCGGACUCUGUGGGCUUGGAAGGCUUCGACCCCCAGCAGGCCGAGAAAGCUGGCCAAGCAAGCCAUCCUGGCUCGACGCCUACUUCGCAGACACCUGUCUCCGCUGUUGGCUCCAUGGCUAAUCUAGCUGGUCAGGAUAUUCAGCCGACUGGAACCCCUGGCGGCUCUAUUCCUACAUCUCAGCAACGCACCAUGGUCAUGCCCGAUAGGAUGCGUUGGAUCUACCGGGACCCGCAAGGAAAUAUCCAGGGCCCUUGGACCGGACUUGAGAUGCACGACUGGUUCAAGGCUGGGUUCUUCAGCCCCGAUCUGCAGAUCAAGAAGCUCGAAGACACUGAGUUCGAGCCACUUGCUCAGCUGGUGCGACGCAUUGGGAACUCCCGCGAGCCGUUCCUUGUCCCUCAAAUCGGCCUUCCUCACGGCCCCGAGCCUGCUGUUGCUCAAUGGACUCAGAACAGCAACGCCGGAUCUGCACAGCCUCCAUUCCCCGGCAGCUUCCCAAGCUUCGGCACUACGCUGACUGCCGAGCAACAGAAUGCCCUGGAACGCCGCAAGCAAGAAGAGCAGUACCUGAUGGCCCGACAGAAGGAGCAUUUGGCCCAGCAGCAAGCUAUCAUGAAGCAGAUGGCGCCACCUGGAGCCCCCUCAUCCUCCAUGAACCCUCCGCUUCAGCACCAAUCCAGUGCUCACAGCCUCCAGAGCCAGCCCAGCUUCGGAAGCAUCACCUCGCCCGUUGGCUAUCAGCCUUCCCCUAUCCAAGCUCCCAUGCAGCAGGGUACACAGGGUACUGGCGGGUUCUUUGAUGGUGCCACGCAAGGCAGACAGGGCGGCUUGUCGAACGUCGGACCCGGCAUGCUGGGAACUGACUUCGGUGGCCAAGAUCAACUUCCUGCUCUCCUCGAUCGUUUGAAUGUUCGCCAGGACCCCUUUGCCUUUGGCAACUCCGGUUCAUUCGCCGCUCGCCAGCCCGACAACUUCUUGCAGUCCCAGCAGGUCUCUCAGAUGCUUCAGGACCGUGCUCAGCUCCAGCAGGAACAGGAAGAUUUCGAUAAGGCCCACGAGGAUGAUCCAUUCGACCAGCAUGCCCGCGAGGAACGCCUUCGCCAAUUCCAUGCACUUCGUGCCCAGGAAGGCGAGAUGGGUAUGCGCACUGCCGAGGGCCUGCCUACUCACCCCGUCGCUGCAUCUCAGCAGCAUGAGGCCGAGGUCGCCGCCGAGAUGGAGGAGGCAGCUCACCAGCUGACUGACUCUGUCACCGGCACCGAGCCCCUCACCCUAUCCCAGCAAGUCCACAAGGCUGCUUCCGCCCAGCGCCAGCAGCAACAGGAGCACGAGCAGAGCCACGGUCCUUCCGAGUCUGUUUGGAAGAUUGAUCAUGCUAUGCCCCAGCCCUUCCCUCCCCCUCCUUCCGCCUCGCCUUUGCCCGCUCCCACUGCCCAGCGCAACCGUCAGAAUGUUGCCGAGUCUCUGGCCACUGGCUCGCGUUCUCAGACCCAGACCCCCGUCGACGCAGCCCCUACCUCUGUCGCACCGUGGGCCAAGGAGGCCAAUGACCUGCCUAAGGGUCCCUCUUUGAAGGAAAUUCAGGAAGCCGAGGCUCGCACUGCUGCUCAGCGUGAGGAAGUCGCUGCCGCUGCUCGCCGCGCACAGUUCCUCGCCGAGCAGGAACGUCUCAGCCAGGCUCAAGCACAGGCUGCUCCUGGUCUUCCUUCGUCCGCCAACUGGGCCAGCAGUGGAUCCCCUGCCACCCCAGCCUCCACCGGCUCCCCAUGGGCCAACAAGAGCGCGCCUGUUCCUACUGGUGCCGCCACCAAGAAGACCCUUGCUCAGAUCCAGAAGGAAGAGGAGGCUCGCAAGAACCGUGCGGCUGCUGCCGCUGCCGCUGCUAUGGCUGCCACUCCUAGCCCUCCUGUUCCCUCUUCCACUGGCAAGCGUUACGCUGACCUUGCCAGCAAGGGUCCCGUCCCCGCUGCUCCCACCGGCCCAGGCUCCAGUGCCUGGACUACCGUCGGUGCCAGUGGUAAGGUCAAGGGUGCACCCACCGCACCUCUCGGACCCCGCUCUUCCAGCGGAGUCGCCCCCAUCUCGCCUGUCAUUGCCAAGCCUCGUCCUGUCAUCACUCCCCGCACUGUGACCAGCGGCAGUCUCCCCCAGUCCAACCCCAACCAAGCCGUUGAGGAGUUCACCAAGUGGGCCACUCUCAGCCUGAGCAAGGGGUUGAACACCGGCAUCAAUGUCGACGAUUUCGUCCAACAGCUUCUCUUCCUCCCCGCCGAGGCGGAGAUCAUUUCCGACUCCGUCUACGCGAACUCGCAGACCCUUGACGGUCGCCGUUUCUCGGAAGAGUUCAUUCGUCGCCGCAAGCUCGCUGACAAGGGUAUUGUUGACCCUGUCUCUCCCAGUGCUUUCGGCGAGCAGAAGAACGGCGGUGGCUGGAGUGAAGUCGCUAAGAAGGGCUCUGCCGCUACUGUUGUCGCAGCUGCUCAGCGUGAAGAAGAGGCUGCUACUUCUGCUUUCAAGGUUGUCGCUCCCCGCAAGAAGGGUAAGCGUUAA